UUGAUAUGACGUUUGUUGCAUCUGUGCCGUAAGAAUUGUUGAGCGCCACAGUCUGCAGAAACGCACGCUGUUUUAUUAUAAUGGCUCAGUUUAAAUAGGCUACUGGAGACGCGUGUCUUCUCUCUUCUAAACACAGCCGGUAGUUUAAAGUCUGAAUUUGCGAUAUUGGAAACCAACGGGACUCGCUGCCACCAAACUGUUCAUUUGUCAACUGUCUGACAUUCAUUUGGGAUUAAAAUGGUCAUCAAGGUUUACAUCGCCUCCUCAACCGGCUCUGUCGCGGUAAAAAAGCAUCAGCAGGCAGUGGUGGGUUUUCUGGAGGCCAAUCGAAUCAGCUUCCAGGAAGUAGACAUCACCAUGCUGGAGGAGCAGAGGCUCUGGAUGUACCGGAACAUCCCCAGAGAUAAGCAGCCGGAGAAAGGCAACCCGCUGCCUCCACAGAUCUUCAACGAGGAUCGAUACUGUGGGGACUAUGACGACUUCUUCCAGUCGAAAGAGGACAACACUGUGUUUGCAUUCCUUGGGCUCAGUUCCCAGCCCUCAGUGAAAGAUUCUGAGUCAUAGCCUAGAUCAAACUCUUAAAAUAGGAAGAUGGAAACUGCAUUGCUUCCUGUGUUUCACCACCUCUUCUCUCGUGUUCCUCCUGCUAUGAUGCCAGCACGUUGCCAAACAUCAGACCCUGUGGAUUUCACCCUGUAUGACCUCUCCUGACUCUGUAAACUCUCAUUCCACCAUCACUUAAAUCUCCAAGAAGAGCCUUGAUUCUCAAGAGAGACUUGUUCACAGAACAAGGGGAUUAACUUUAUGAUGAAUGCAUUUGUGUUUUCCUUUCAUGUUUAACACACUGUGACAGCCAGCACUGGCAGUAGCAUAAACUCAGUGCAAACUAGAUGUAGCUGCUUUUGCAUCAGUAGACCAGUUGCUUUAGAUCAAUCUACAAUACCUAAAAUACAGUGGAUGGAGGAAUUACUGAUCAGGUGCAGCACAAGUCACCAAAAACCAACAAUGAAAACAACUUUGUACAUUCUGACUUCCCUACCCUGUCUGUGCCACUCAGCCCUGAGCCCAUUCUUUUUUACCAAGUCUCUAAAUAGGUUUAGGUUUAAAAUAGAUUUAUUUUAAGAUGUGGAUUAAUACACAUUUGGUGCUCUAUUUACAGCAGCAGGACGGUGUUACAUGAACAUAUCACCCAGUGCAAUGUUGUGGCUCAUUCAGGUGUUUUUUUAUUUUUUUAUUAUUAUUUCCUUUUUUUGGACCACUAUGGAACUCUAUGGCACACAGGCUUUGGCUGAACAUAUCAUAUUUGUCAGUAGGAUCAAUUCAUUGUUGGUUUAGUUUUUUUUCAUGGAAUUUGUUGACAACAUGAAAAACAUAGACUCCGCUUCCCCUGCUGAGCCUCCCCUUAUAUUUCCAAAAUGUUUGAGUAAAUAAAUGCUGAAAUGUGAGCAGACUGCCCAGGUUUUACAUAUUAUGAAAUGAUCUUAGGUUGAUACAUCAUGGCCAAUUUGUAGUCCUGACCUCCAAUCUGUAUUUCUCUGUUCCAAACACCAACACUAAGCCUUUUCUCUUUAAGUCUCUCGUCCUUAUUAAAUUAUUACGGGUAGGUGGUUGAUUUAUUGCUUUUUGUUUAGGACGCACACAAACAGAUGUACCUUCGCUAGCCAUUCCUCCCUAAAUGUUGUGCCAUCACAAGGAUGUCAUUUAUAUUUAUUUUUAGUCACGGAGGGGACAUCAAUGUAUUUUUGCCACUUACGACAUUCCUAUUUUGCUGAGUUGUAUCCUCAUGUAUUGUGAAAUCAUGUAAUGAUUUUGUUGUGAAAUAUUUGAUACAAACAAGCCUGUUGGUCUGACUAAAUGUACUUUAUCUUACACCUCUCUGCCCGUGACUCUGUUGUGUUUAAUUGUGGCAUUUUUCGGUUCGUCUUGAGAAUUAUACGCAAUGACACUUCACUGUAUGGAACGUUUAAGUUAUUUUGCCUCAUUAUUUUUCACAUGUUUAUGUGAUACUACCAGGGCUUUAGAUUUAAACUCGCCAACUGCAGGUAAAAAUUAACUUUGGCGGAUAACAUUUUAAAGUUAUAGCCAAUUUGGCUGGUGCUGAAUGAAGCCAAGCAUCUGUUUGAAUCGGCAGGCUGCAGAAACGAUGCAACAAGUCAGUGUUUCCAGAUUGGUCUGUUUUCUGCCGAGGCAGUUGGGCAGUUUCUUGUGUCUUUGGCAUGGAAACUUAAUCUUUUUCUGGCAACACUGCUUGUAGUACUAAUCCUACAUUUUUCCAUGAACACCAAGUCGUAUAACGCGUCAGACAACCGCUGGCUACAUGCCUAUAGCGUGCGUGUUAUUGAUCACGAGCUAUGCUGAAACGGAGAAGACGAACGGACUGGAGCCAAACAAGCCAGAGGAGCUGAAAUUAAAGUUAGUUAGGAAAAAAAAAAAACGUGGCUAGUAGAAAAUCUGAUUGGCUGGUAACUUUUAAAAUCUACUAGCCUUGUUGGCUGCUGAAAAAAAAGUAAAUUUAAAGUCCUGGAUACGAAUACAAAAGUGGUACACACAGUUGUUUUCUUUGCAUAUUUGAAAUCACUCUGAACAACCUUUUUUGUUUUGAGAGGAUCAAUCUGAAGUCCCUUUGUAGAGGUGAAGGGGGUGUUGUGUUUUGUGAUGCAGAAAAGCCACAUUGACAA